GGUUGCUUAGUGAUGGACUAUCGGAGUCUUUGUUUACUAUUGACGUCCCAGCUCUAAAAUGUUUAUAAUGCUAAUGCCAAGCAUUAAAAUCGGAAAUUAAAGAAAAACUGAAGAAAUAAUAUAGAUUGACGUCUUGAUAACACCCAAAAUGGAAAUAAGUAUAAAGUGGAGCAUGUGUCGAACGUGCAAAUCUGACAAGGGCUCUACUUUAGUGUCCAUAUUCGAGUCUGAUGCCGCCAAGCAUUUAAACGACUAUGCGGGAAUAUCUAUAAAAGAAGAUGAUGGCUUACCGGACCAGAUAUGCACUGUUUGCUUGGAGAGGCUGGAGGGAGUGCACCAGUUCAUCAGUGACUGUAAAAGUUCAGAAGAUCAUCUCAGAAACCUCGUACGCCAGACCAUGUCGUCGGCUGAGACUUUUCAGCCCAAAGAGCCAGUUACUAGUGGGAGAAGACGUGCUAGAAAGCAGACUAUAGAAGAGAGGUUCAUUGGAAAGCUGCCCUUAAAAACUCCCAUCGAUCUUGAUGGCAAAUGUGGGAAGAGUUCGCCCACAGAAACAUCUCCGGUAGAAGAGGAUGUUUCGGAAAAGUUCUUCUUUCCCAUAAACGAUAAACUGAAAAUCGUAAAAUCCGAUAUUGAGGAGGAAUACGUCGUUAGUGACAUCGUUGAGGAAACAAGUGAAGGCAAUGACUUGGAGACUUCUUCGCAGACCAGCACCAUGGCCAUAACCAUUGACAGUGGAACCUACGCACAGGAUGUCAGUGAUGGAGAUGCCACAAUCCCAAAGUCAGAUCCAUCCCAUGAGUAUAACAUAGACCUAGGCGUCGCCUGUAUGCCGGAUAGGCACGUAUGCCACAUCUGCAGCAACUCGUAUCCCAUGGCAUCUCAACUCAAUUCCCACCUCCGAUCGCAUCGAAGCGAAAAGUGUUUUCAGUGCGAAAUGUGUGGCAAGCGAUUUAAUGCCGCCUGCAACCUCACUACCCAUAUACGAACGCACACUGGCGAAAAGCCCUACGAAUGUGAUUUCUGUAAGCGCCGAUUCGCUGAUCGUAGCACACAUCGCAAACACGAGAGAAUGCAUACAAACGAACGUCCAUACGUUUGCAGUACUUGUGGAAAGGCCUUUUCUCUCUCCACCUCGCUAAAGGCGCAUUUAUUCUCACACUCUUCUGAAAAGCCGCAUAAAUGCGGGGUCUGUAGUAAGGGCUUCCGCCUGAGACACCAGCUCAAGGCACACGAGAAGACACACGGAAACCGUCAGGAAGUGGACAUAACAAUAGCCCAUGAGGAAUAUGAUAUUCUAGUAACAAGCUAACUAAAGAAAAGUAGUUUAAUAAAAAGUAGUUUAAUAAUUAAAUUAAUUUUAUGUCUUUUUCUCGUUUUUGUCUAGUUUAAAGUACUCAAGCCUAGCUUAGGAAGUAUUUUAUAUAAUUAGCUUUGUAUUAAAUCUGUGGCGUUGGCCAGAGUCUCUUCCUC